UUGCUAAUUUCGAUUAUUACCAUUCAAAUCAAACCGCCAAAUCUCCCUUCUCUCACGUCUGGAUCAGAUAUGGAAGCCAAGCUAUCCAUGCAGGGUAUAAGUCCUCUUCCAGCUCUAUACGGCAGGCGGCGUAUACUCAAACCAAAAUGCUCUCCCAUUUUUGCCGUUCUUACAAGGCCGGCAGACAAAGUUGCAGAAGCCAUAGACAACAGGAAUGCAAAGCCUGCAGAUUUGAAGACCAGGUCAUUAGCGCAACGGACGAGUGUUUAUCAUGAUAACUGGUUUGAUCUAAUGGCUAUUAAUCAUCUGUCCAAGAGUAUUCAAGAUUCCACAGGACUGAGGAGCCUAAAAAGGGGGUAUGAUAGCUUGGUGGAGGCAGCUGCAAUGGUGUCAAGAAAUUUCAAUCCAAAUCAACAACGUGAAGUCGUCGUUCAUGCCCUUGAGAGAGCUUUCCCAAGACUGAUUCUUUCCAUGGUAAGAAUGUUGCUACCACAAUCUAAAUUAGGAAGAGAAUAUUGUGCAGCCUUCACCACUGUAUUUUUUGCUUGGCUAGUAGGGCCUUGUGAGGUGAGGGAAUCGGAGCUCGAUGGAAGAAUGGAAAAGAAUGUAGUGCACAUAAAGAAAUGCAGGUUUCUAGAGCAGACCAACUGUGUAGGAAUGUGCACCAAUUUGUGCAAGAUACCAUCACAAGCCUUCAUUAAGGACUCACUGGGUAUGCCAGUAAAUAUGGUCCCUGACUUUGAUGAUAUGAGUUGCGAGAUGAUAUUCGGUCUAGAGCCUCCAGCACCAACUGAUGAUCCUGCAUUCAAGCAACCAUGCUACGAAUUAUGUAAAUAAAAUAAAAACCUUUUCAUUGCAUCUGCACAUUCAUAGCUCAUGGUCCAUCUCCUCAGUUUAUCAUUACAUGCAUAAAGGAUAGAAUGCUAUGCUAGAAAAUCCUAUAUGACCAGUAGUCAUCCCCUGAAUUGGCGACAAGGGGAGGAGGUGCUGGGUUUUCAAAAUUUGCCUCAGCCCACAGACUUUUGAAAGAUGAAAAUUAUUACCAAAUGUGAAAAUUACGAGUUCUGCUUAUAAGCUUGUGGUCAUUGUUCAUGCAGGCAAAGCAAAGCAAAAGCAUAGUACCAGGUGCCCCAAUUAAUACAGAGGAACAGAGGAGCCUUUGUUUUUCGGAUAAGAUUCUUCUUUUGUAGUACACCAUUUUCAGAUGUAUCUUCUUCACUAUUUAUAUGAAAAAUUGGUACAGCUCUGCCACCUAAAUUCAAAGAUGACACAGUUGCAAUGCUUCAAAAAAUAAUUUCAACUAUAUCAAGCAUCUAUAAUCUACAAGGAAACCACAAACUCUGUAGUCAGGACAAUAAACAGCUGAGUGAAGAAUAUUCUUACCCAAACUUGAGCAAUAACAAGCACAAGUUCUUACAAGUAGUGGUGAAUAGGUAAUUAUUGAUUAUGCACCUACUUUUUCCUCUCCAAAGAAUUCUAUUGCUGCCCGUUUGGUUCACCUCCUAUUUAAUUCCUAACUAAUUCUUACUUCCAAUUUUCAUAUUAGCCUCAUAUACAUAAUUAUUAUAGGAUCUUGUCUCUAAAUUACACUUCUCCCAAAGAAUCUAAGUGGAGGCAGUGGUAUCCUAAUCAUGCAUAUCAUGACUGAUGAAACUCAAAACUAGGAAUUAGCAAGGAAUAAGGAAAAUUAACCAAAUGGUUCCUUAUAAUUAAUUUCUGAAAUUUGAUAAACGAGGAACUUUGGUUCUCGGAAUUUCAAACUCUAACAUGCAGGAAAACAACAAAUCUGUGUCUCAUCCCAUGCUAACAUGAGCAAAUACACGCAAGCUACCAUACAAAAAGUAUCCCAGAGAAAACACUGUCAUGAUAUUUUAUAAACAUAAUAGUAAGUACUAAUUAGAUCACAAGAUGAGUUUAUUGCCUCUAACUUUAUCAAAUGGUGUUGUUGUAUCCAAGUCUCUCACAUGAUAGAAUGAUCUCAUCUCACCAAAUGAGAUGAAUGAUGCAUCCAAAUCACAGAUAGAGUGUGACAUAGAAUUUGUAGAUCACAGAUAAAACUGGUCAACUGUGAGCAACGAAAAAGAGAAUACAGGAAUAUUCAAAUAAAACAAUAUUUGAAUUUUAGAAAAAUAUGAAGAUUCUUAAAAAUAAUUGCAAUAAUUAGGGGUGAAAGAUUUGAAUGAGCUCGGCCCUUUCAGGAAGGAAUUGACUACCAAGAGAUCUAUAAUAAGUAAGUGUUUAUUAAUUAGCCAUUGAAAGCAAAAAAAAAAAAAGAGAAGAAGAAACUUAUUGAUAUUAGACAGAUCCUCACAGGGAAAUUCAUUUUAUUUU